UUUACACGCUCACCAGUGCGACAACACUUUACGACAAUCCGUCCACUGCUGUCCAGCCUAGCUUGUGUUGGACUGCUGAACAGUGUACGUUGCUGUCACAGGCAAUGCUCUUUGGGCUUGUCGAGGGUCUGCAGGGUGGAACUUUGAAAGCCGUCGUUGUGACAGUGUUGCUGAGUGGGUUUAUGCUUCCUCUGUUGAGGACAGUGGGAUUGAGGGCGUUCUCCAUGGCAUCGGAAACCUACUCGUCGGGCACGCACUCCGCAGCCUUCGUCACGUGUCCCAAUGACACUGUGGCCAAAGAGCUGGCUCGUGGCAUUGUGCAGAAGAAGUUAGCUGCCUGUGUCAACAUAGUGCCACAGAUCACAUCAGUAUACGAGUGGCAGGGGAAGAUUGAAGAGGACAGUGAAGUUCUGCUGAUGAUCAAGACAAGGACGUCCAAAGUGUCAGAGCUGGCAGACUAUGUCAGGUCGAACCAUCCUUAUGAAGUAGCUGAGGUCAUCAGUCUGCCUAUUGACCAGGGAAACCCUCCCUACCUGAAGUGGAUUGGUGACAUCGUGCCAGAAUAAGAAGCCUUUUUUGACUUGGACACUUAAAUACACACAUAAAAAAGAAACAUCAACCGACAAUGUUUGACACCCCUCAUGAAAGUACAUGGAAGCACUCAUUUGUUUGAUCUUUUUUUUACAACCUUCAAGGUUGGAUGCAAUUCCUGAAGAGACAUAGCAGUGACCCUUGUGUAGGCCUAUAUAUUUUUUUCUUUGUUGGGAAAAAACACUGAUGUGAAAUUAAAUACUGAUGAAUCAAUACUGCUAUGGUGUUGUAACAGCCCCUUGUUCUGAUUAAAACUGCAGGUGUAAUUCCCCUGUGCAAUUCUGCAUUAUUGCCAAUAAACCAUCAUGAACCCCCUGCA